GAAGGAAGGGGGGGUAGGCAGUGUGUGUACGCGGUGCGGAACCGAGCGCAGCACCGAGCAGGGAGGGAGUCUUUGGAAGGGUAGAGGGCGAUGACCACGCCGGCGGGCUCCGGCGCAGGCUUCGGCUCCGUAUCCUGGUGGGGCCUGUCCCCGGCGCUGGACCUGCAGGCUGAGAGUCCUCCUGUGGACUCAGACUUGCGGGACAAUACCGAGCCCAGGACCCCCGAGUUAGAUGUACUGCUCGUGGGCUCCGUGGAUGGGCGGCACCUGCUUCGGACCCUGGCCCGGGCGGCGCUGUGGCCUCGCAGGAGGUUACACUUCUAUGUGCUAGAGAAUAAUCUGGAAGCUGUGGCCCGACACAUGCUGAUCUUCAGCCUAGCUUUAGAGGAACCUGAGAAGAUGGGGUUGCAAGAGAGAAGCGAGACCUUCCUGGAGGUGUGGGGGAACGCGCUGCUGCGCCCCCAGGUGGCCGCCUUCGUGCGCGCGCAAGCCGACCGCCUGGCGCACCUGGUCCCGGAGCCGGACCGCCUGGAGGAGCAGCUGCCCUGGCUCAGCCUAGGCGCCCUCAAGUUCCGUGAGCGCGACGCCCUGGAGGCUGUGUUCCGCUUCUGGGCGGGCGGAGAGAAGGAGCCCGAGGCCUUCCCCAUGAGUCGCUUCUGGGACUCCAGGCUGCGUCACUACCUGGGCUCCCGUUACGACGCCCGGCACGGUGUCAGCGACUGGGACUUGCACAUGAAGCUGCACGAUCGCGGGGCCCGAGUCAUCCACACUCGCGAGUUCCGGCGUUGGAGGGACACGGGUGUCGCCUUUGAACUCAGAGACUCCAGCGCCUAUCAUGUGCCAAACCGGACCCUUGCGUCGGGUCGCUUCCUGAGCCAUCACGGGGAGCGUAUCGCAGCACGCGGUUACUGGGGGGACAUCGCCACGGGGCCAUUCGUGGCCUUUGGCAUCGAAACAGACGAUGAGAGCCUCCUGCGGACCAGCAACGGACAGCCGGUCAAGACUGCUGGGGAGAUCACUCAGCACAACGUGACGGAGCUAUUCCGAGAGAUGGCCGCCUGGGGGCGCCCGAGAAACACCCAGGGAAACCCCGAGCAGAUGUGCCAGGGCGAGGAUCGCGGGGAUCGCGAGGAUGGCGAGGGUGCAAGCCCAGAGCGUACUGCCUCUGCCCCGGGAUUCUUCACUGUGCGCUUCCUGCCUCUCGGCUCUGCAGAAACCCUUCACCACAAGAGCUGCUACAAGGGACGGUUCCAGCUGCUUUAUGUGGCCUGUGGGAUGGUGCAUCUUCUCAGCCCCGAUCUCGGGGCCUGUGUGGCCCCCGGAGGACGCUUGGUGGUGGAAUUGGCCCGGUACCUGGUGGACUUGAGGCAGGAGCAGUUGCAGGGCUUUGCUGCCCGGGUUGGAGAGUUAGCUCAGGCGGCUGGAUUCACGCCCCCACCCCAGGCCAGGCCCUCGGAGACCUUUGCGCGCUUCUGCAAAGCCUUGGACUCUGCUGGCCAGCACACUGACUCAGCUUCGGAAUCCAUGACUCCGCCCCCUGACACCCUGGCUCCGGCCCUUGAGAACCAGAGUCAGCCUCUCAAAGGCGGGACCCCACCCUCUUAGCCCCUCAAACUGCGCUCAGAACCCCUCAAACUCCAGCUCUACUCCCCAAGGUUCUGGCUCCACCCACAGAGAGUCUGACCCCAUUCCCAGAUAUCCAGUCCCCCAUCUCUGACCUCUAAGGUCAGGUCCUGGAAGUAGAGCUUGCCUCUAGAAUAUUCACUCGGGUAUACUCUCAAUAUUCUCCAACAGCUCCAGCGGUGUCCCUAGAAUUUCAGAUUACCUUCCUGGGAUUCUAUAUUCUGUUCCUAGAAUUCUAGAGUGUUCUUUCAGGGUUCCACAUUCCAUUCUUGAGACUCUAGAGAUCCGGCCCUGAGUCUCAGGCCCUCUAUGUGGUUUUCUUGUCCUCAGAGGUCCUAUUUUACCUGAGGGUUGGGGGAAUCUGCUUUCCAGGGCUGGUCCACACCCACAUAGUCCAGAUAAAAAGAGUGGUGUCCUCUUCUUCA